UCUGCCUUAACUUCCUCUUCCCUGAGCCACGUGUCAGUGUUGUGUUUGGGUGCAGCGGCGCUCCUCCCGUCCCGUCCCGCGGGGACACAUUGUAUCGAGUAUCGGUUACAUUGUGUCCGUGUCCGAGUGACCUGUCGCGGUAGAGACACAGUCACAGCGGCUCCCUCAUCACCCUCCUCCCCUCCCCGUUCCUUCCCCCUGCGGCCGGAACCCCCUUCCGAUGGAAGCGGCGCUCGUCCUCUCCUGGGCCUGCCUUGUCUUCACGAUAUGGAUGUUCUCCACCGGCCUGUGAGUCGGACCUGAGGAGGAUGGUGUCCCUGAGGAAUAUCGAUAACAUUCAGUUCCUGCCGUACGUCACCACUGCUGUCAAUAACCUAGGCUGGUUCUACUAUGGAGAACUGAAGAGUGACUGGACGUUAAUGACGGUGAACUCCGUCGGCUUCACCCUGCAGAGCUGCUACAUCGUGACCUACCUGUACUUCAGCUCUGAGAAGUGCCGUCUGCUGGCGAGGGUGGGAUUGGCGGCCCUGGCGUUAGCCGGUUUCUACCUGUACCUCAGCACUGUGGUCCAAGUCCCAGACGUCCGUCUGUCCCAGCUCGGACUCGUCUGCUGCACCUUCACCAUUGGCAUGUACCUGUCGCCCCUCGCUGACCUGGCCAAGAUAAUCCACACCCGCUCCACCAAGUGUCUCUCGUUCUGGCUGACGGUCGCCACCUUCCUCACCUCCACAUCCUGGACUCUCUACGGCUUCCAUCUGUCUGACUUCUAUAUCGUGAUCCCAAAUGCUCCCGGGAUUCUUACCAGCCUCAUCCGCUUCUGGCUGUUCUGGAACUACCCGGCGUCCCCAGACAAGUAUCCGUUCCGUCCCAUGCAGGCCUGAUGCUGGAGCCACUGGUAGCUGGCCCCCCCUCCUCACCCGUGGAGGGGCCUCUCAAGGGUACGCGGUGUUCCGGGGGAAGGCCGAGGCGGUUGCCCAUGAGGAGCGAGACCAAUCGGAGACUCGAUCCCUGAAUCUGCACAGGACAUUGUUUUCCGAAUCCAGGGAUGGAUAUUUCUGGAUGUCUGAACAGAGACCAAAAAUGAAGCAUUCUUUCCAUUUGUAACAAC